CCACUAGACCAUUUCGUGCAUAUUUUAUCCUAGUUAUAGGAGGGAACACUGCGCCACAAAUCUAACACACCUUAGUCCUGGCAAGGCUGCUAGGUUGAAGCAGCAAUAAUAUCCAGCGGGCUGUUCUAGAACAGGUUUGCCUAUGCGUAUUUGACCCAUAGCGUUGUCUUGUUGUCUUCAGGACACGACGAUGCGCCUCUUCCCCGUCGCACCGCUCACCUUCUGCCAAGCCAGGUGCGGCACAAUCCUGCCCCAUGGCGGCGGGCCGGACGAUAAGCUCCCCGUGGCGGUUCGCAAGGGUGAGCUCAUCGGCAUGUUACAGUACGUCAUGAACCGGCAGGAGGAUAUUUGGGGUCCCCGCGUGGAGGAUUUCCGCCCCACGAGAUGGGAUGGCGAGAAGCUGGGCUGGCAUUGUAUCCCAUUCUCGGGCGGAACAAGAAUCUACAUGGGCCAGCAGUUUGCGUUGAACGAAGAGCUGGUUUCGCGCUGAUUCGGAUCAUCCAGACGUUUGACCGGACUGAAGCAGUCGAUGGGGAUCAGGCGGUCAAGACGAGAAUUUGGUUUCCUAUAGGACCGAGGACUUCGAGGCCAAGGAUGCAUCGGGUUAAGGUGGCCACGAGAAAUGAGUAUGGGGCGGGACUUAUAUGCGGACAGACGGAGUGGGCAAUGUGGAAGACGAUUGGGUAUUAAGAUGCCCUGCAUCUCAGACUGAGUAUAAUUAAUACUGGAUAAUACAAACGCUCCC